GUUUCCUACUCUCUUGUUGCUCCCUGCUUCAGGCGAAGGGAGAUGAUGGGAGAUAAGAGUUUUGAUGCUUGAAUUUCUUCAGCCUGUCAUCAUCGUGACACACUGAAAAGUAAUUUUCUAUGGAUAUUAGAGAUGGGUCAUGGGAUUUACAUAUGUCAGUUGAAAUGUUGCUGCUUAUGUUCUUCGUGCUUUGCUUCCGGUAAACUGAUAAUUAACCCAUUGCGACACAUUUUGCUGAAGAGAUUUCAUCGAUGACAAGAAAUGCUGUUGGUUUACAGGAUGUUUCAGCUUCAAUCAUCCAAGCGAGACGUACGUUAUCUAGAAACAUUUACUGCACAAAGAAUGAUUGGGUCAGUCAUGGGCAGGACUUUUCAGCUGAAGUAUGGGUCAAACCAGAACUGGAAGGAAAACAGGGCAAAAUCCAGAUUGAAGAUGAGGUUACCGAGACAAGAAGCCAUUCAGACGCUCGACUAAGCCACCAACAACAAUCUAUGGGAGCUGCUGGACUACUGGUGUUGGACCAAAUCCAAGGGUGGUGGUUCAUUACGAAAAACUGUCCAUUCCCAGGUCAAUAAGCAUGCAACGUUGAUUAAUUAGCAUAUGACUCUUUUCAACCGCUGCCUUCAAUUCUUUAUACUAAAUCAAACACCCUAUACUCUUAUAUAUGAUUAUUGUAUCUUAAAUUUUUCUUGGUAUUAUCUCUCAACGCUUAACUCUACAAACUAACUUCUCUCAACUGUCUUUCCUUGACCUUAUAAAAUUUGAGUCUGAAUUUGAUC